CACAGAGACUUCCUUAUCAACACCGAGCAUUGCCUUGGUGCCUGUGUUCCCUAUUGGCUCAGUGUCUUUCCUGAGGUCAUCUUUAAUCUGUUCCGAGACAAAAUACUCACUGUGACUCUUUCCUCCAUAGAAUUUUUUCUGCCAGAGGAACUUCUGAUCAUGCCCACAGCCAUUGGCUGAGCAAAGUGGCUCAUUUCAUAUUGUGCUUUUUGGUUCUGAGGAACAAGAACCAAUUUUGACUUACCUCACCAAGCAGAAAAUGAACUUUAGGGAACUUUGAGAGGGAAUUCAAACAGACUGCAAAAAGCCAGGAGUUGGGCAGUUCCAGAAUUGUUGUUCAAGAUUCAGAUGCCAGGGUGAGACUGACUGCUCUCUUGGGUCCUGUGACCACUUUGGGACCAGAGUACAUUGAAAAGGAAAUUCUGUAGAUUAGAAUCUGGGUGCUGCUAACUGGGGAUCUGGGGAGAGGGCUUCUGGGAAUCAAAAUCAGCAAGGGUCAUACAGAUGGCCUUAAGCUUCAGGGUUACUUUCUGCAGAAGGUUGCUAUGACUCAUGCCAUAGACUAAGGGUUGGGUAUCUGGACCCAAAGGCAAUACAGCAAAGGCCAGAUGAGUGGAGAGUCAAUAGCCUUUGCACGGCUCUACAGGAACUUUCACAGUGGUUUCAAUAUUGGGUGGCGAUAAUGCCACUGGAUUUUCUUUUGGGGGAUGAGCUAUAGGUGGAAGGUUCCCCCAAGUGGAAUUCAUAGUAUGUCCUGAAGGAUACUAGCCCGUUGUCUAACUCGGAAGUAGAGCUUCAAGAUAUGUGUCUAUAAUUCUUGCAGCCUUGCAGUUGGCCCCAUGACUUAUCAUGCAGUGUGUGUCCUGAUGGGAGCCUGCCCAACCCACGUGUUUUGGGCUUUGGACCUCGAGAGUAUGAACCAUGCCUAAUAUGGUUGAAUCCUUGGCAGGGCCAGAUGAUUUAUCUUGCACAUUGUAUGUCCCUCAUCAAUGUUCAACGUCUUCUAGCUCACGUUGGUCUUAUUGCUUGCAGACAGACCUUGACUAAGGACAACAGUUCCCUGUAAGGGAUUCUUGAUGUGCUGAGAAGCCAUAGAGCUGGCUGGAGGCAGUACUGACCUGACGUGCGUGGUGAUGAGGGGUGCUUUCUAAUACGAGGUUCUAUGCUCCGUGUUUCACAUGUAUUUUUUUUUUUAUCUAUCAUCAUUUCACCUUGCUUAAAAGGAAGUCACAUUUGGGGACGUUAGCUGAAUUGCUCAGUCACCAAGUUAAUAUGUUGGCAAGUUCAGGAUUCACGCUCAGCUCCCCAGGUCAGCCACUCAGCUGCCCUAAAUGUACUGCCUAAAUGCACUCCAGUCGACUUUAGAGAGAAACCCAGAAUGGGACCCUGGUGCUUUUGUGCUUUGAAGAAAUCAAUUUCUGUCUUUUCUUAGAAAAGAAGACAUUAAGUUGUAUUUUAUUGGACACGUAGGUUAUCCAGCAGUGUGAGCUUUACAUACCUAGUUAGAACUUUCUGGAAACAGGAAAUAAUUUUGCAAUGUUACCGGUAUAUAUUCCACUUCAUAGCACUACAUGUCCCUAAAAGCCAUCCAGAGCCAAGGCAGGCAUGACAAAUCAGAACAUCCCUCAAGAGGCCGAGAACCUGUGAAGGCGUGAUGGCCGGCAAUACAUCGAGAUGCAGAGCUGGAGUGAUGGAGGGGAAGGGGCCUCCUAGAAGAGGCUUUCUGGACUAUCUCUAGCAGUCUGAUGGCUGAGAACCAGGCAGACUGCACCCCAGGUACUCCCAGGACCUCCUGGCUGGAGAGGGCUGUGGCAAUGGAAAAUUACAAACCCCAACUGCUGUGAGGCAGCCUAAGUUAAAUAGAGAUUUAAAUCAGAGUGUAGGGUGGAACUUCCACCCCACCACGUCAGGUUUCUUAAAAGAGUGUUGUCGCUAAGGGCGUAGGGGAAUCGCCGGGAAAUGAUGGGGAGCGCAGCCCGGCAGACCUGCGGGAUUUCGCAUUCCUGCCGCUCCGCAGGCCUUUCUCACGCCAGGGGCGUGGCCUGUCGGGGGCGGAGCUACAUUCUGGGGCGUGGUCGGCCGGACUUUAGAACCCCUUUAGGGGCGGGGCGAGAGGGUGGGGCCGCUCUCCCUCGGGGCGUGGCCUGUGGAACCUCAGAACCCCCCGCCGACUCGGGGCCAGGGCGCGCGUCUCCCGGCACGGGGUUCCUCCCACGCAGCCUCCCAUUCAAAAGAUGCCGAAGGGGCGGCGCGGCAGCCAGAGCCCCACGAUGAGCCAGCGGCCGGCCCCGCCCCUCUACUUCCCGUCCCUCUACGACCGCAGCAUCUCCUCGUCCCCGCUCAGCGACUUCAAUAUCUGGAAGAAGCUCUUCGUGCCGCUGAAGGCGGGCGGGGCACCGGCGGGCGGGGCGGCUGGGGGCUGGCCCCUGCCCCAGGCGCCCUCGGCCCCAGCGCCCCCGCCGCCGCCCGGACUGGGUCUUCCGAAUGAGCGCCCCUGUCCUCCGCCCUGGCCCUCUGGCCUGGCCUCCAUCCCCUACGAGCCUCUGCGCUUCUUCUACUCGCCGCCGCCGGGGCCUGAGGUGGAUGCCUCGCCCUCGGCCCCUGGCCCCACGACUCCCCGGCUUGCCUCUGCCUCCCAUCCCGAGGAGCUGUGCGAGUUAGAGAUUCUCAUUAAGGAGCUGGAGCUGCUCACCAUCACUGGAGACGGCUUCGACUCCCAGCGCUAUAAAUUCCUGAAGGCACUGAAGGAUGAAAAGUUACAAGGACUGAAGACCAAGCAGCCUGGAAAGAAGUCAGCCUCUCUUUCCUGAGGAGCUGCCCACCAGAGCUUAGGCAGCUGCCUCCUUAGGUGUUAGUGCUUAGAUAAUGUGUCCCAUUUGUUAUUUCAAAGAUUGUUAUUUUCUGUUCUGUACUUACUGCUGUUCUCGUUGCUCCCAGCACAUACUCCACAUACAGUGCCAACUUGCAUGGUAAAUCUCAUGGUCUCUCUCCUGUCUGUGCCGCUGCUGGGGGAGCUCUCUCAUGGGGUCUGGAAGCUGCUGCCCAGCUGGCAUUUCAGGGGCUCCCAAGACCAAGGAGGAGGGAAUCCCCAACACUGCCAGGUCAGGAGAGGAUUGGGGAAAGCCAAAGUUAACAUACAUUUGGUUCUGUUGCCCGUGCCCCCACUCAGAAAGGCUUUGAGGACUGGAACAAGGGGUUAGUUUUCAAACAGCUUUAGUCCUUGAAAAUAUUUUGUUUAGUUUUUUUUUUUCUUAAAUGGAUUUUGGACCACAAAACUCUUUGAUAACCUGAUCAAAGUCAUGGUCCUUCCUAGAAAUUCAUGUAUUCAAGAAAUAUCUAAGUAUGUGCUAGGCACCCUGCUAGGCUGUUGGAAAUGGGGGUGGACACAGACAAUAAAUGUCAGUCAUAAUAUGCUGUCAUAGAAGAGGGCAAGCUAAGGGCAAGAAAAAGAGUAGGGAGGGUGGAAGGAAAGCAGGGUAGCAUUUCAAAAUAGUUUCUUGAAGAGGGAACAUUUAAACAAGGUUUGACAGAGGUUGAGGGCAAUAGCCAGGUGGCACCCUGGGGAAAGUUUCAGGCUGGAGGUUGGAGUUCACUGGGAUGUUUAAGGCUGAGCAAAAAGCCCAGAUGACAGGAGCAGGAGGAGUGAGGAGGAAGUGGUAGGGAUGAGAGCAGAGAGGGUCUGUUCACGUGGGACCUUACAGACAAUGGUAAAGGUUGUGGCUUUUGCUCCAAGUGGGAUGGGAAGUAGUUAAGAGGGUUUUCAGCUGACUUGUGCUGUGUUGAGAACAGAGUAAGGAAGGACACAGAGAAAGCAGUUAGGAGGCUGUGGGAAUUAAUAAUCCAGCUAAGCUAGAAGUGAUGUCAUAGCACAGAGCAGCACAGCCCCAUCUGCUUUCCCCCUUGCUGGGCGAGAGGUGUCUCAGGGGCACCCGCUGCUGCCGCCCCUCUGCCAGGUGCUGUCUCUGGCGAGGAAAAGCAAAAGCUGAGUGGCACAAAUACACAAGUAAAGGCUAAAGUAUUUGAUGAAACGCAUCUUCCAUCAAGAACAUUUUGAUGCUUGGCCUCUGGACUCCCUUGUGCCCUCACCGUGCCAGCAGCAGGUAGAUCACAGCCAAAGAAUCUGAAGUUUGGGCCACUUUCAAAGGAGAAUGAAAAGGAGUAACUGGUAAGCCAGGCAUCCUAGAAGAGAGGUGAAGAAGGGGUUUGGGAGGGGGCAGCAUUCGGCUCUGACAAGUAGGGCUGACAGGCCAAGUAAGAUGAGCCUAAUUGUUCCAUCUUGGGUUUAGCAACAUCAACUUAGCAUUGAUGAUCUGGUCGAGAGCACUUUCGGUUGAGCGAUAGGGGUUAACACCUGACUGGAGUAGUUUUAAGAGAGAACAGGAGGAGAGGAAUUAGAGACAGUGGGUGCAGAUGACUUUUUAGAGAGCUUAGCUUCAAGGGGAGCCCGAGAUCUGAGCAGUAGCUGGCAGGGCAAGCAGGGUUAAGAGAAGAGUUUUUAAGGAAGGGAAAAAUGACCAUGUUCUUGGCCAGAUGGAGAAUGAUCCAGUAGAGAGAAAAAACUGACGUGGUGGAAGAGAUGUUUCUGAACCAGGUCCAUUUGCUUGACACACAGCAAGCCAAACGCUGAGAUGCCAAAGUUUGCAGCAGAGAGGACUUACUUGCAAGGCAGCCAAGCAAAAGAGAGAAUGAGAGAACAAAUCUUAGGCCCGCCUCCUGGAAGGCAUGGGGCUGGGGUAUUUAUAGGAGAUAUAUAUGUAUAUAAUAUAUACACAUGUCUGUGUAUGGAUAUGUAUGCAUAUAUAUAUAAUAUGUACAUCAUAUAAUAUAUGCAUGCAUAUAAACUAUAUACACAUAUAGUAUAAUAUAUACAUAUAUGAUAUAUAUACACACAUAUGAAAUAUGUAUAUUAUAUUGGUGUACAUCCAUCCCUAGGCCUGUCUAACUGAGACCUCAGCAUUUGUUGGGGACCAAUCAAUUUUUUGUUUGUUUCAGUACAGGUAGGGUUAUUUAGAGAUCCAUCAAGAGGCAAGAGAAAGGCCACGAGGUAUACAAGGUGUGGGGGUUGGGUGCUCAGAGUAGAGUAAAAGUAGGUACACAUUAGACAGGAGGGAAGGGGGCAGGGCACAGCCACUCAAGGAAUGACAGCAAUUUAAUACCAAAAUGGUGGAAGAUUCACCAAAAUGGUGGAAGAUUCACCAAAAUGGUGGAAGAUUCACCUCCUAGUUGGCCUUGAGGAUUGAGGUUUGACUUCUAACAGACCUUGAGCUUCAUUAUAUGCUCAUUGUAACAGCGUGAUAAGUAACAUGCCCACAGGCGCCAUGACAGCCCCCAGGCUAACCACAAAAGGCCAAAGAAUGGGCGGUGGCCCAAUGCCUGGGAAUCCCAGCCCCUUCCCCAGGGCAGUUGGAUUGAUCCCACCUGUAGGCCUGUGAAGCGACUGAGACCAUAAAAAGUGACACCACCACGCCUAGUGGCCUUUUUUUGGCUCUCUCCCCUUUGGAGACGGCCCGCACUCUGUCUAUGAAGUGUGUACCUACUUUUACUUUAACCUGAGCACCCAAUUCCCACACCUCUUUCCUUGCCCUUCUCUUGCCUUACACUCUAUGUGGUAUGUAUCUCUCUAAAUAAAUCUACCUUUACUCAA